AUGUGCUCGUGGAAAGGGCUGCCAGUGAGGACCACGAACAUACAGACUUACUCGCAACCCAGCUCAACUGGUCCAUGUUCCGGAGUGCUUAUGCCAAAUAUUGGACUGUCAGAGAUAGAGUUCCCGAAAAACGAAUCACCCGUCGACAGCGUUCCUGAAAUCGAAUCACCCGUCGAGAGCGUUCCCGAAAUCGAACCAUUCGUCGAUCUCUAG